GCGCCGCGCCCCCCGGCCCGGCCGCGCGGCCCGCCGGGGCCAUGGCGAAGAAGAGCGCCGAGAACGGCAUCUACAGCGUGUCCGGCGACGAGAAGAAGGGCCCCCUGAUCGCGCCCGGGCCCGACGGGGCCCCGGCCAAGGGCGACGGCCCCGCGGGCCUGGGGGCGCCCGGCGGCCGCCUGGCCGUGCCGCCGCGGGAGACCUGGACGCGCCAGAUGGACUUCAUCAUGUCGUGCGUGGGCUUCGCCGUGGGCCUGGGCAACGUGUGGCGCUUCCCCUACCUGUGCUACAAGAACGGCGGAGGUGUAUUCCUUAUCCCUUAUGUCCUGAUCGCCCUAGUUGGAGGAAUCCCCAUUUUCUUCUUGGAGAUCUCACUGGGCCAGUUCAUGAAGGCCGGCAGCAUCAACGUCUGGAACAUCUGUCCCCUGUUCAAAGGCCUGGGCUACGCCUCCAUGGUGAUCGUCUUCUACUGCAACACCUACUACAUCAUGGUGCUGGCCUGGGGCUUCUAUUACCUGGUGAAGUCCUUCACCACCACGCUGCCCUGGGCCACAUGUGGCCAUACCUGGAACACUCCCGACUGUGUGGAGAUCUUCCGCCAUGAAGACUGUGCCAAUGCCAGCCUGGCCAACCUCACAUGUGACCAGCUUGCUGACCGCCGGUCCCCUGUCAUCGAGUUCUGGGAGAACAAAGUCUUGCGGCUCUCCGGGGGCCUGGAGGUGCCGGGGGCCCUCAACUGGGAGGUGACCCUGUGUCUGCUGGCCUGCUGGGUGCUGGUCUACUUCUGUGUCUGGAAGGGGGUCAAGUCGACGGGAAAGAUCGUGUACUUCACCGCUACCUUCCCCUACGUGGUCCUCGUCGUGCUGCUGGUGCGCGGAGUGCUGCUGCCCGGCGCCCUGGAUGGCAUCAUCUACUAUCUCAAGCCCGACUGGUCCAAGCUGGGGUCCCCGCAGGUGUGGAUCGACGCCGGGACCCAGAUCUUCUUUUCCUACGCCAUCGGCCUGGGGGCCCUCACGGCGCUGGGCAGCUACAACCGCUUCAACAACAACUGCUACAAGGACGCCAUCAUCCUGGCACUCAUCAACAGCGGGACGAGCUUUUUUGCCGGCUUUGUGGUCUUCUCCAUCUUGGGCUUCAUGGCCGCGGAGCAGGGCGUGCACAUCUCCAAGGUGGCCGAGUCAGGGCCUGGCCUGGCCUUCAUCGCCUACCCCCGGGCCGUCACGCUGAUGCCCGUGGCCCCGCUCUGGGCUGCCCUGUUUUUCUUCAUGCUGCUGCUGCUCGGCCUGGACAGCCAGUUUGUAGGUGUGGAAGGCUUCAUCACCGGCCUGCUGGACCUCCUCCCGGCCUCCUACUACUUCCGUUUCCAAAGGGAGAUCUCUGUGGCCCUGUGCUGUGCCCUCUGCUUUGUCAUCGACCUCUCCAUGGUGACUGAUGUGAGUGGGGGCGAGGGGGGCCGCCCCGGGCCUCCGGCCGCCCGCCACCCAUCGCCUUCCCUGACGCGGCUCUGUCCCCAGGGCGGGAUGUACGUCUUCCAGCUGUUCGACUACUACUCGGCCAGCGGCACGACCCUGCUCUGGCAGGCCUUCUGGGAGUGCGUGGUGGUCGCCUGGGUGUACGGAGCCGACCGCUUCAUGGACGACGUCGCCUGCAUGAUCGGGUACCGACCUUGCCCCUGGAUGAAAUGGUGCUGGUCCUUCUUCACCCCGCUGGUCUGCAUGGGCAUCUUCAUCUUCAACGUGGUGUACUACAAGCCGCUGGUCUACAACAACACCUACGUGUACCCGUGGUGGGGCGAGGCCGUGGGCUGGGGCUUCGCGCUCUCCUCCAUGCUGUGUGUGCCCCUCCACCUCCUGGGCUGCCUCCUCAGGGCCAAGGGGACCAUGGCCGAGCGCUGGCAGCACCUGACGCAGCCGGUGUGGGGCCUCCACCACUUGGAGUAUAGAGCUCAGGACUCCGACGUCAGGGGCCUGACCACCCUGACCCCAGUGUCCGAGAGCAGCAAGGUGGUGGUGGUAGAGAGCGUCAUGUGACGGGCACCCGGGCUCCCAUCACCAGCUCACCCUCUUGUAGCCAUAGCAGCCCCUGCUUUAGCCCCCCCACCCCUCCAGGGGGCUUGCCUUUCCCUGACACUUGGGGUCUGCCUGGGGAGGGGGGGAGGAAGCACCACGAGUGCUAACUAAAAUAACUUUUUUUUCCAUUUUUAAUAAAACGCCAAAAAUAUCACAACCCACCAAAAAUAGAUGCCUCCCCACCCCACCCCCCAACCAAGCUGGUACACACGCUGCUUCCCAGGCCCUGCCGACCGCCGGCCCCCUCGUGCUCGCUGCAGAUGUGUCUCCCCAGCCCCACCACACCUGCCUCUGGGGGGGGGGGCCACCCUGGAGGCAGCAGUGGCGGGAGGGGGGGACACAGGGCAGGGAGGCGGGGGAGGGGCAGCAGAACCAGAACCAAGGCCGCUGUUUCAGCUGGGCUAGACCCCUCUCCCCGUCCCUCUUCUAGAAGCUUAGAGAGCCAGCCAGCAACGGAACCUCCCGGUUCCCGCGCCAAUUGCCACCAAUAUCAAUCGUGUGAGCUUGUGUACGAGUGCAUGUGUGCGUGAGUACGUAGGUAGGGUGAACCUAGAUCUCUCUUAGCAAAGGUGAAUACCAGGUGUAAACUGUGCCUGUGGGCAAAUGAGGCUUGUAUUUUGCACAUUUUAUAAAAACUUGAGGAAAGAGAUUUCUGCUUGUAUAUUUCUAAAGAGAAAACAGCCCGACGUCCCUCCCCCUGCCACUCCCCACCCGUCCCUUUCAGCGUCCCCUUAGUCCCCUGCCCCAGCCAAGGAGUGUGAAUUUAUAGAUCUAAUUUUCAUAGGCAAAAGCUUCAAGCCGUGGAGCGUGCGAGUCUGUCGCGUGGGUGUGCAUGUGUCGUCCCCGGCCCCAGACUGGGGGGGAGAGUGCACGGCGGGCGGCCUCCGGGGACACCCCCCACGCCCCCGCUGCCCACAGGUGGAUGCGGUGCCGGGACCCCGGGGCCGCUCGCCUGGCACGUGCGCCCUGCCCCCGGGGCCGGGCACGACCGCAGGGAUCUGAGGUGGGCACCAGCCAGGGAAGGGA